GUCGCUAGCCCUGUACCUUUGAUUUUCAGAUGUUCUGUUGUUAUAUCCUUCCAGAGUCUUUCUUUUGAGGCCAAUAACUUUUCAAUUCUACUGUUUUAAGCUCUUUGUUCCUCAAAGCUUAAGGUCAGCUCUGCUUCCCGGUUAAAGAGGAAGCAAAUGUGUAAGCAAGCCUUUGUAAAACAGACCUCUUGCCCAAGGCCAUCAGCUGUCAAGGGCUUUGAGCAUCUGAUAAAGACAGUAGUAACCCAUUGCCCUUCGAAGAAAGAGUGAUCUUCUAUUAGGCAACAGCUUUGACUCCCCUGUGAGGGUGCUAGUUGAAUGAUAAACAUCGCUCUUCCAUCUUUUUCUUAGUUUUGACACGCCUUCAUUUUACAAAGAAACAUCUGGCCAGCCAUUCAGGUUCUCAUCUCUUUAGUCCUUCUGCACUAUGGAAGGCAAUUGCUGAUUAGUAAUUGUAGCCACCCAGCUGAGGAAACUAGGAAACAAGGCUUGCUCAUGUUCUGAUGAUGGGCUUUUUCAAGACUUCAAAAUGCCUAUCUGUUUGCCUUCUUGGACCGCUGGCUUGAAAGUAGACAGAGAAACAUCCCCUGGAUUUUACCUGUUCUUCGCGCAGGGGUGGUUUGAAAUUAGUUUCUACUGAUCAAAUAAAAUUCCAGUGCACCUGCUUGCCCGUCAUCAGUUUUGUCAUCUGUACCUCUUGGUACCCUAGCAAGCUCCUCCGCUCAGGGAAGCACGUUCGCAUUCAGGAUUUAUUAUCUGCUCAGGAACGUUUCCUUAACCUGUCAGAUGUAUCCAUCUAACAUGUAAACUCUUCUUGCCACUACUCAGAAGAGACUGUCAUGGAAAAGCGUUGAGGUCGUUUGACAGCUCAAGCGUUAGCUCAGCAAACCAUGCCUAUCUAAAAGCAAAACACCUUUGAGGACAAAUCAUAAUCACGGUUUUGUAUCUUUUUGGCCUUUGGGAUUCUUUGACACAGUGACUUGACAGCCUUGUAACUGGCACACAGAUCUAGGGAAGGUCUUUCCUAAAUGGGCACUUGUGCAAUUAGACUUGUUUACCACCAACAGAAAGAAAUUUCAAACUUUCUACCUAAGAAGGGUACUGGUCUGGGACAUACGUUUUUCUCAUUUCCUGGACACAGAGGUCAUCUGUCCACCAGAGCUGCCCUGGGAUACUGUGAAUCCUGAUAAAAAAAAAUGAAAUGCAAUAAACCAGAUGAUCGUCGUCCAGGUUAGGAAGUUCUGGCAUGUGGCUGUGAUGGACCCUCCAAGCGAGCUGCACCGCAAUUGCUCCACCUAACGAGCAUAGUGCUGCAAACUGCAUUUACAGCCCACACCUAGUUUGUGUGUGUUUAAGCCUUGAUGCAGCUUGAGGGAGUCUUUUGUAGUGAAUGCAGCCCCAGAUAUACAGGGUAAAACGUAAAAUUUCUGUCAUUUCACAAAGCCCCUUCUUUCCAUAACAAAAAAUUGUAUAGGGUGUUUUAAAUGGUGAGACAGCUUUGAAAGACAUUAAAAAUUUUGCCUUAGAAAUCCUGAAUUAAUAUGAUUGUGGCAGUCUUAUUUCUAUCAAGCAUUGUGCAGCCUCUUGUGGUACGUAGUAUUCCUGCAGUCACUACAUUUCUAAAAUAGGAAAUACAGGAACAUGUAGCAAAACAGAAGGGUGAGACUUCUGAGUGUGGUUAAUUGCGACAAGUUGGUGACAGAGAGAUCAAGGAAGAUUCCGCUUGCAGGCAGACUUUCUUCUCAGUGCUAGACACCAUUAGGGUUUUUCUGGUUUAUUUUCUUUUUAAUCUUAUCUGUUGUCGCAGAAACUGUCUUUCAUGAGAGUCUUUUGUACAACUUCCUAAAUGCUUUUAAGGGUAUAGCUGUCAGAUGUGUUUUCUUGAGAAAUAGUUCCUGACACACUGUGACUGUACAAAACUGAGCCCUCUUUACCCAGUAGUAGUAAUCUGCAUUGCUCAAAGUGACGCUGCUGGUGAAAGACAACAAUGGACAAAACCAGAAGAAUCGACAGAACUGCAAAGAACACUCUGGCGAAAGCACUAUAUGACAACAAAGCGGAGUGUUCAGAUGAGCUGGCCUUCCGCAAAGGAGACAUCCUGACGGUUCUUGACCAAAAUGUCAUUGGCAGUGAGGGUUGGUGGAAAUGUUCCCUUCACGGCAGGCAGGGCCUGGCUCCUGCUAAUCGCCUCCAGCUCCUUGAUGGCUCUCAGGCAGACCCGCCACCUUCUUCCACGCAGAGCGACGCCGCCACCGAACUGCCAGCUGGCCAACAAAACAUUUACCAAGUUCCUUCCAUUCCCAAGUCUGCCACAUUGUCGUCUACAUAUGAAAAGAUGGACGGGUGGGUUAAAUCACCAGGUAGGACCUCUACUCUACCUGCCCACGGAAUGUAUCAGGUACCAGCCUUGGCUGCACAGCUGCUCAGUGAAAGGACCCAGAGCUCAACCAAUCAGCACCUGCUUACUCUUCCAAGAGCAUGCCGGGCUUCAGUCCCAAAUAUCAGACGCGAGGUAUAUGAUGUUCCAUCAACGCAGCGCCGAGAGUCCUUAUGCCCACAGACUGGUGCCACUCCACCCACAAGAAGAAAGCGGUCUGCGCUGCUGGGGUCCACUGAGUGUUUCCGGGAAGAGCCAAACCAGCUUUACGACAUCCCAUCCAGCCCAGAAAAGGCAGGGACCGUUAUCCAGAAAGACUCUCCAGUGAGCAACUUAUAUGACGUCCCUCCCAAAAGAGAACGUGAUGUUUCAGAAAAUGGAUCUCAGAAAAAGUGCUGGGGCCAUUACAAUACCUUGCCAAAUCCUCGAAAGUCAGAAUGGAUUUAUGAUAUUCCAGUGUCACCAGAAAAAAAAGGAUUAAAACAGAGCCCUCCUGGCCAUUCCUGGGAGAACCAGGUGUUGUAUGAUAUACCACCCACCAGGUACAGGGCACCGACAACAAAUACUGAAGCCAAAGUUGUAAAUCCACAAUUAUAUGAUAUUCCACCACUACAGAACAAAGCUACGUUUCCAGAUGUCCCUCUUUAUGACGUUCCAUCCUCACGGGACAUGCUCCUUUUGCGACAAAACAGUAGCCACGAUGUACCCCCAAGUCUGCUGGCUCCAAAGGUUGAGAAUCAGACUUCCGAAGUGAAUGUUUAUGAUAUUCCGAAAGGUAUGCCCACUGCUUUGCAGUGCAGAAAGGAGGUGGGAAAAAACAACAGCAGCUCUGGAGACCAAGCAUACCAUGUUCCUCCACAGCUCUCAAGAGAUGUAAAAUUAGAACGAGACAGAUCAUCUCUUUCUAGUGUGGACAGCAGAACCAGCACCACCUCUACAUCCUCAGACUCUUUUGCAGAGGCCUUUUCUGUGUCAGUACCAGAAGAGGCUGGCAAAGAAAUUAAACUGGACCUUGACGUAGCCAUAGAGACACUGACUAGAUUGCAGCACAGUGUUUCUAGCUCAGUGGCGAGUUUAAUGAUCUUUGUGAGUAGUAAAUGGAGAUUACAAGAACACCUAGAGAAAAACAUUGAAGAAAUCCAUAGAGCAGUCGAUCACAUAAAAGUAUCACUGGGAGAAUUCUUGGCCUUUGCUCAAGCCAUAAAAGUAAAUGCCUCUUACCUCACUGAUAAUAACCUUCAGACCAGAAUUAAAAAACAGUUAGAAAUUCUUGUGAACUCAUUCCAAAUCUUAAAAGAAACAAGAGAAGCUUUAAACAACUGCAAGUGGUUGCUAGAGGUGUUGGUUAUUAAGAAACCUCAGAACAACCCAGAUGAUCUUGAUCGCUUUGUUAUGGUAGCUCGCACAAUUCCAGAUGAUAUUAAGAGAUUUGUAUCCAUCAUCAUUGCCAACGGAAAGCUUCUCUUCAGAAAGAGUGACAAGGAACAAGAAAUGAAGCAAUCAAAAAUGAACAUAGCAUAUAAAAUGGCAGACCAAAUCACAGCGCCCAGAAGAAUAGAAUUAGACUCACUUCAAAGAAAUGUUCCUGAUAAACCAAACCACAGUCAAGUCUCUUCUGACAAAUCAAAAGAAAUAGCCAUUGAGGACUGUGAUUAUGUUCAGCUACAGGUUUUGCCAUCUGCAAAAAGGAAUAUAAUUCAAAGCAAGCAGGACUCUGCAAAGAAAAUCACUCUUUCAGAACACUGUAGGCUGUGUUUUGGUGCACUUCACAAGGCAAUUGGUGUCUUUACAAAUAGUCUCAGUAAUAACCAGCCGCCUGAAAUCUUCAUAUCACACAGCAAAUUGAUCAUUAUGGUGGGACAGAAGUUAGUAGAUUCUCUCUGCCAGGAAACUCAAGAAAAAGAUGCUCGUAAUGACAUUCUCCACAGCAGCAGCCAAUUUUGUAGCCUACUGAAGAAUCUGGCUCUUGCCACCAAAAAUGCUGCAAUACAAUAUCCAAAUGCAGACGCAAUGCGGGAACUUCAGAACCAAACUGAUGAGCUCUCUAAAUACGCGCAGCAGUUCAGAGCAAUGAUGGAAUGAAAGAAACGUCACUAUUUUUAGAAAUAUAUUGGUGACAACUUGAAUUUCUCCAUUGUUAGGAUUCUCUCUUCAGUCCUUUGGCAUUGGGCUGUUGGGCAGCUUUCUCGGGUACUGAUGCACUUUCAGCAGGUGAAGACCCCUGGGGCAGCAGAUUCUGUGCCCCAGAAGAGGAUUUGUACAAUUAAAUCUGUACUUUCUUCUCUUCUGUACUUCAGACACUGCCUGGAAACCUCUUCUUCUUAGUGUCCUGACAAGAAUAUUUGCCAUGUAUUAGAGCAAAUUUAUUUUACUAUCAUCUCGCUGAUUCUUUAAA